AUGCUGCGCUACCUGCUCAAAACACUGCUGCAGAUGAACUUGUUCGCGGACUCCCUGGCGGGGGACAUCUCCAACUCCAGCGACCUGCUCUUCGGCUUCAACUCCUCAGUGGCGGCGCUCAACCACAGCCUGCUGCCCCCCGGCGAUCCUUCUUUCAACGCAUCCAGGGUGGAGCCGGAGGACGCGAUGCCGCGCAUCGUGGAGCAGCCGCCAGAUCUGCUGGUCUCCCGAGGCGAGCCGGCCACGCUGCCCUGCCGCGCGGAGGGCCGGCCCCGGCCCAACAUCGAGUGGUACAAGAACGGGGCGCGAGUGGCCACUGCGCGCGAGGAUCCGCGCGCGCACCGCCUGCUGCUGCCCAGCGGCGCCCUCUUCUUCCCGCGCAUCGUGCACGGGCGCCGCGCGCGCCCCGACGAGGGUGUCUACACUUGUGUGGCGCGCAACUACCUGGGAGUAGCGGCUAGUAGAAAUGCGUCGCUGGAAGUGGCAGUCCUCCGUGAUGAUUUUCGGCAGUCCCCUGGAAACGUGGUGGUGGCAGUGGGGGAGCCAGCGGUAAUGGAAUGCGUGCCCCCCCGUGGCCACCCAGAGCCUUCCGUGUCCUGGAAGAAGGACAGUGCAAGACUCAAGGAGGAGGAGGGAAGGAUCACAAUUCGUGGAGGGAAGCUGAUGAUGUCACAUACACUCAAGAGUGAUGCAGGGAUGUAUGUGUGUGUGGCCUCCAACAUGGCAGGAGAACGGGAGAGUGGGGCAGCUGAACUUGUGGUGCUGGAGCGACCCUCAUUCCUGCGUAGACCAGUGAAUCAGGUGGUCCUGGCAGAUGCCCCCGUGGAUUUCGCAUGCGAGGUGCAAGGGGAUCCCCCACCCCGUCUACGCUGGCGCAAGGAGGAUGGGGAACUGCCCACAGGCAGGUAUGAGAUCCGGAGUGACCACAGCCUUUGGAUUGGGCGUGUGAGUGCCGACGACGAGGGGACCUACACCUGUGUGGCUGAGAACAGCGUGGGCCGCGCCGAAGCUUCUGGCUCCCUCAGUGUUCACGUCCCACCCCAGCUGGUGACCCAGCCCCAGGACCAGAUGGCAGCUCCUGGAGAGAGUGUGGCUUUCCAAUGUGAGACCAAAGGAAACCCCCCACCUGCCAUCUUCUGGCAAAAGGAGGGAAGUCAAGUUCUGCUUUUCCCCAGUCAGCCACUUCAGCCCAAGGGGCGCUUCUCAGUCUCUCCCAGAGGCCAGCUCAACAUAACUGAUGUGCAGAGCGGGGAUGCUGGUUACUACGUGUGUCAGGCUGUUAGUGUGGCCGGCAGCAUCCUGGCCAAGGCCCUGUUGGAGGUAAAAAGAGCCUCCUCCUUGGAUGGGGUGCCUCCCAUCAUCCUCCAGGGACCAGCCAAUCAGACGCUGGCACUUGGCUCCUCUGUGUGGCUGCCAUGCAGAGUGACUGGGAACCCUCCACCUAGCGUCCAAUGGAAGAAGGAUGGGCAGUGGCUGCAGGGGGAUGACCUCCAGCUCAGCCUCAUGGCCAACGGUACCCUGUACAUCGCCAGUGUGCAGGAGAUGGACAUGGGUUUCUACAGCUGUGUGGCCAAGAGUUCCACAGGGGAGGCCACGUGGAGUAGCUGGCUUAGGACGCGGGAAGACUGGGGGGGAUCACCAGAGCCGCCUACAGAACGCAGUAGCCCUCCAGGGCCUCCCUCUCAGCCAGUGGUCACUGAGAUCACCAAGAACAGUAUUACACUGACCUGGAAGCCCAACCCACAGGCGGGGGCCACAGUCACCUCUUAUGUGAUAGAGGCCUUCAGUCAAACAAUUGGUAACACCUGGCGGACAGUGGCAGAUGGCGUGCAGCUGGAGACACACACGGUCGGUGGUCUGCAGCCCAGCACCACCUAUCUGUUCCUGGUGCGCGCCGUGGGAGCCUGGGGCCUCAGUGAGCCCAGCCCCGUCUCUGAGCCUGUGCGCACCCAGGACAGCAACCCAUCCAGGCCAGUGGAGGACCCAUGGAGAGGCCAGCUGGGGCUGGCUGAAGUGGCUGUGCGCGUGCAGGAGCCCAUAGUCCUUGGGCCCCGGACAUUGCAGGUGUCCUGGACUGUAGAUGGCCCAGUCCAGCUGGUGCAAGCUUUCCGGGUGUCUUGGAGGGUAGCAGGUCCUGAUGGGGGAAGCUGGACAGUACUGGACCUACAGACCCCGAGCCAGCAAAGUACUGUGCUAAGAGGACUCCCGCCAGGGACCCAAAUUCAGAUCAAGGUGCAAGCCCAAGGCCAGGAGGGGCUGGGGGCUGAAAGUCCCUUCGUGACCAGGAGCAUUCCUGAGGAAGCCCCCAGUGGUCCCCCCCAGGGAGUGACAGUGGCCUUGGGGGGUGAAGGCAACAACAGUGUCACGGUGUCCUGGGAACCUCCGCUCCCUUCCCAGCAAAAUGGGGUCAUCAAGGAAUACCAGAUCUGGUGCCUGGGCAAUGAGAGCCGCUUCCACCUCAACCGGUCCGUGGCAGGCUGGGCACGCUCCGCGGUGCUCCAGGGACUGCUGCCGGGUCUUCUUUACCGGACCCAGGUCGCGGCGGCCACCAGCGCUGGCGUGGGCGUGGCCAGUGUCCCGGUGCCGGUGCAGCUGCCUUCCCCGCCGGAAUCGGAGCCUGGGCUCGAGGUGGGCCCGGGGCUGGCGGAGCGGCUGGCGAGGGUGCUGCGGGAGCCGGCCUUCCUCGCGGGCAGUGGCGCCGCCUGCGGGGCCCUGCUGCUCGGGCUCUGCGCGGUCCUCUACCGGCGCCGGAGGCAGCGCAAGGAGCUGAGUCACUACACGGCCUCCUUUGCCUACACACCUGCAGUGUCCUUCCCACACUCAGAGGGCCUCUCUGGAGCCAGUUCCAGGCCACCCAUGGGCCUUGGCCCCGCCCCCUACCCUUGGCUCGCAGACUCGUGGCCCCACCCAUCUCGAAGCCCCUCAGCCCAGGAGCCCAGGGGGAGCUGCUGCCCCAGCAAUCCUGACCCAGAGGACAGAUAUUACAAUGAAGCAGGGAUCUCUCUGUACCUGGCUCAGACGGCCCGGGGCACUGCCGCCCCUACCGAGGCUCCUGUCUACAGCACCAUUGACCCAGCUGGGGAGGAGCUGCAGACCUUCCAUGGGGGUUUCCCCCCAAAUCCCUCAGGGGAUCCAGGCACCUGGAGCCAGUAUGCUCCUCCAGAAUGGAGCCAGGGGGACAGUGGAGCCAGAGGAGGCAAAGUAAAGCUUCUGGGAAAACCUGUUCAGAUGCCCUCUCUCAACUGGCCAGAAGCCCUGCCCCCACCUCCCCCUUCCUGUGAACUGAGCUGCCUAGAGGGGCCGGAGGAGGACCUGGAGGGCGGUUCAGAGACAGAAGAGUGGUGCCCACCAAUGCCUGAGUGGAGCCGUCUGGCCGAGCCCAGCUCCAGGGGAGGCUGCUUGGUCCCUCCAUCCCAAGGGGAAGCCCCCUCUCCCACAUCUUCCUAUGGACAGCAGUCCACAGCCACUCUUACCCCCUCACCUCCUGACCCUCCCCAGCCCCCCACUGACAUUCCCCAUCUCCACCAGAUGCCCAGGAGGGUGCCCCUUGGGCCAAGUUCCCCUCUCAGUGUAUCCCAGCCCACUCUGAGUAGCCUGGUUGCUAGCGCCACAGCCUCCCAUCACCUCAGCCCCAGCCCUGUCCCCAGUGCCGCCAGCAGUGCCCCCGGGAGAACCCGGCAGGUGCCUGGGGAGAUGGCUUCUCCACUUCAAGGGCCCCGCGUCCGAAUCCGGAAACCCAAGGCUGUUCCUUACCGUCGGGAGCACAGUCCUGGCGACUUGCCCCCACCACCCUUGCCGCCACCAGAGGAAGAGACGAGCUGGGCCUCAGGGCUGAGAGCAGUGGGCAGCAUGUCUUCCUUGGAACGGGAGCGGGACCGCAGUGGGGAGAGGAGAAUGGUGCAGGCUGGGCCCCUAGGGGCCCAGCGGGGUCCCCACCUGGAUGAGGAGACCUUGCUCCCCUACAGCCGACCAAGCUUCCUGUCCCGGGGCCAGGCCACCAGCACCUGCUCCACAGCGGGCAGCAACUCUUCCAGAGGCUCCAGCAGCUCUCGAGGCUCCCGGGGCCCUGGACGGAGCCGGAGCCAGAGCCGGAGCCAAAGGCCAGGACAGAAACGUGGAGAGGUGGGGGCUAGGGCAUGCAAACAAGGGGAGUAG